UCAUUCCAUCCUGUCCUCCCUCCCCUCCCCCUUUGCAGGCAGGGAUCGGGGCCUUCCUGGCCGCACUGAGUUCAUGGUGGACCCUUCCUACGUUAACGUGCAAAACUUGGAAAAAUUGCAGCCGGGCCUCCAGAACGCCACCUCCAACGGGAGCGUCCAGAGGGACCUUUUUGACAUGAAGCCUUUUGAGGAUGCCUUGCGGGCACCUCCCCCGCCCCCUACUCCUCCCUCCCACCCGCCAGCUACCAUGGAGGAGCAACUCCGGCGAGAAUCGUGGUACCACGGUCAGAUGAGCCGCAAAGAAUCGGAGAAGCUGUUGCAAGCCAACGGGGAUUUCCUGGUGCGGGAAAGUACCACCACGCCGGGCCAGUAUGUGCUCACCGGGUUGCAGGGUGGACACCCCAAGCACCUACUUCUCGUCGAUCCGGAGGGAGUGGUUCGGACAAAGGAUCAUCGCUUUGAAAGCGUCAGCCAUUUGAUCAGCCACCACGUGGACAAUCGGCUGCCUAUCAUCUCGGCCGGCAGCGAGUUGUGCCUACAGCAGCCCGUCGAGCGGAGACAGUGAGCUUGACAACCGGAGUCACAUCACUACAAACGCCCUUCUAGCGGGGACUCCUUUCGUCUCUUUUUCUCCCCAGUCCUAUGGACGUCUCCAACAGCUGCUAAAAACAGGCUGUCUCCUUUGCCAAAGCAUUUUCUGGGGUCGAAGGGACUCGGAUGAGCACCGAAACCCCAUCAUGCCCUCCCAGACCACCUCUCUCUACAUCUUGCCACGGCCUGGCUUUCCCUGGUUGGGAGUGAAGCACCGCGUAGCCAACGUUCUAGUCCUCGGUGAGAGCGGUCCAGCCUCGGUUUUGUCGACGAUGCUCAAGACAGAGCGUCCUUCUUGCCUUUGGACAACUUUUGUCUCCUCCACUUGACUGUUCAGAAUGGACGGGCGAUAUUUCACGUGCCACGCAGCGCCUCGUUGUGUCUUCUGCCAGGCGCGACGGAUGCCAAAGUCCCUGUGAAGGGUUUUAUUUCGGGGAGGUUAUUGCUCAGAAGCACAAAAAGGGGAAAUAAAGGGCAAUUCGUUUGGGUCUGGAAGGCAGAAUCCUCUCUCUUUGCUGCCCACAGACCCCGCGCUCCCACAUUUUUAUAUAUGUUCUGUGUGCCUUGAAACCUUUUUCAGGUCAGAUUUUUAUGCAAAAUUCCUCUUGCUCUGGAGAUUCUCACAAGGCUGCCUGUUUUUUUUAAGGGGGAAGGGGGCUGCAGGAUGGAGAAAGGGGCAGUCGUUUCUCACUCGCUUCCUUCUGGAUCCGUCAGGGAUGCCUCAUAAUUUAUCCCCUUCCUUUUUCUCCCCACUUGCAAAAAUCUAGGCUAAGCACCCCUCUCUGGAUUAAGGGAUGUUUUCCUGAAUUUUGGGAUAGUUUCCAAGAUGGUUCCAAAACUAAAGCAAGCCCCCCACCCCCAAAAAAACCUGAAAAGAGAAGGGGGAAAAAAUGGGUUUGUCUUCCAGCACUGAGGCUGGAUCCCUUCCGAGUUUCUUCUUGGGGUCUGUACAUAAGUUUUGAUAAUUUGGUGUUGCAUGUCUAUUGUUAUACUCGGAGGCCAUUGUGUAGCUUUACUCUCUAUCACUGUGCCUGUCCCUGCCACUAUGCAGGACGCCUGAGCCCACCUCGGCCCAUGCUCUCCACAUCCUUUAUACACACUUUGUAUUGGUUUGAUUUUCUCUCGAAUAUACCAAAGGAAAUCAAAUAGUUAUUAUUAAAGGUUGGUAUUUCUUUA